CAAUCAUCAAAGCAAAAUGAAAAUUCUAUCGAUUUUUGGCCUCGUCCUGGUGGCAGUCGUUGCUGCCUCAUCAUCGGUGCAGUCCCAACCUUCCCGAUCUCUGCAGAGCGAUCUGGACGAAUUUGUCCAACUGCUUCCAUUCGAAAAGAUUGUGAACAUUGCCUUGAAAUAUUUCCUGAUCGAUGCUGAAGUGAAGGCUGCCGUUGAGUAUAUUCUUGGACCGGAAUUCGGCACCAUUUGGGAUCAAGUUUUUUCGCUCAGAGAAGUGCUGGACAUUUUGGACUAUCUGCAGGAUGCCGGAAUCGAUGCCUACGGAGCUAUUAAUGAUUUGGCCGAUUUGAUUGGCGUUAAUCACGUCGAGCCCAGCCGGCCGGGUGUAGUUUCACGAACUGUUUCUACUCGAGGUUUAAACGCCUUGAUUGAUGAAGUUUUGUCGGUGCUCCCUAAGGAUGAGCUGCUGGCCUUGUUUGAACAGAAGCUGCAGACCAGUGCCGAGUUCAAGGCGUUCUUUGAAAAGAUUCAAAGCACCGAGUUUAAGAACUUGGUUGAGUUUUUCAACAACUCUGCUAAACUUCAGUCCUUGUUCCAAAAACUACGAGAGCAUGGCGUGGAUGUCGACAAAAUCAUUGAACUGAUUAAAGGAUUUUUCGGAUGGAAUAUGUAAAAAAUAGAUUUUCUAUUUAAUCAACACUGCA